AAUUUCAUCUCUUCAAAACCCCUCCCUCUGUUUCUCCUACUCUCCCACUCCGCCAUGGAUUCCGAUAACGAACUCGAAGAACCCGGCCACCAAAUCCAAAAACCCUCCGAUUUCUUCAACAAAAUUGUAUUCCUCCAAGCGGAUUUGAUCUACAACGCCUUCGCCUUUUUAAUCUCUCCAGCCUCCACUCUCCUCUCCCUAAUCUCAGAGUCAUUUCAACACGCAGAGGAGGCAAAAUACACCGUUGAGUCCGCCGUCCGAAAAUAUCCCUCCGCCGUGGCGCAUCGGGUGAGAGUGGCGGUUAGAAGGCUGAGCUAUGGGGUUGUGGCGGUGGCGUCGAUGUGUAUGGUGAUGGUGUUGCUUCUAGUAGUUGCGGCGGCGGUGAGUGGGUUGGCGAUUAGGUUUUGGAUUGAAGAGCCGGUGGAGUUGAGGGAGAAAUUGAACUUUGAUUACACUCUGGGUGGGCCUAGGGCUUUGUUCGGAAUGGAAAAUGGAAGUGCAAUGAAGAUGAAGAAGAAGAUGAAUUUGGGGAUUCCGGUAGGGCACAGUUUUUUUGUACGUGUGGUUCUUUUGAUGCCUGAAUCUCCAUUCAAUCGGGAGCUUGGGGUUUUUCAGUUGAGUGCAGAGUUGAUAUCAACAAAUGGGAACAUAAUAGCCCGUUCAAGCCAACCAUGCAUGCUCCGGUUCAGAAGCACACCGGUCCGGUUCGCCCAAACUUUUCUCACUAGCCUUCCUCUACUCCUCGGAAUCUCAACCGAAACCCAAAAGCUGACUUUCCCCAUAUUAAACCACAAGGAAGAAAAUCACCAACGAAGCGCAGCCAUCCAGGUUACCAUCAGCCCUCGCAUGGGAACAUCGGCCCUCCCCGAGCUUUACGAAGCUCAUAUUCUAAUAAACUCGAAACUACCGAAGAUGAAAGAGUUGUUGCGUCGCUGGCGGUGGACUUGCUUCCUAUGGACAUCUCUCUAUUUGUACCUGUUGUUUCUAGUGAUCUUUAUGUUCUUUUGUAAGCCGGUUGUGUUUCGUGCAAUGACGUUGGCGGAGUUGAGUGGGUUCGAUAAAGGAGCUCCGACUAGGAAGGAAGCGGAGGAGUCAUUCGAUGAGAUGGCAGAGAUAACGGUGGAGUUGUUGAGAAAAUGGCAAGAGAUGAGGAGGAAGAGAAAGGCUGCCAUGUUUCGGUAUGAAGAAGUUGGAAGAGGAGGAGAUGUUGGCUCGAUUCAGACAUCUGCAUCGAGCAUUAGUUGUAGUAGUAGAGAGUAUAUAGCUGCUGUUUUCGAGGAAGAUGUCGAGGACUCCGACUCCGAGUCGGAAUCGGUGCUUCUAGAAGGGAUGGAGGUUGGUGAAAUACGCCCAUUGUGUCAUGCCAAUGACAAUCUGAAUUUAAAAUCGCCUAACUUGUUUGAAGGCAAAAACAAGGUACGAUUGCAAUAUUUGAUAUCCAUGUUUGAAAUGUUAAUGUUAAUUAUGCGGGAGGUUUUAGUAGCUUAAGUUAAAAAAUAUAUUUAGGAGGUAUGUUUAAGAAGUCUGUGUUUGAAGUCCAUGUUUAGAACAGUAAAAAUUUUAGAUUUG